AUGAAAACAAAUCGAAUGAUGAGGGAAUUCUUCUUACGAAAUGGACUUUUCAAGUUGAAAAACAAUCAUUUGAGGUUUCUUUUCCUUCGAAAGCGCUCCAAUAACAACAAGACAAGACAACAACAACAAGAACAACAACAGAUUUUCUACAAUGUUUGCGUUCAAAUAACCAUGCCACACAUUGAAGUGAUGAUUGAAAUUGAGAGCGAUGGAGAGAGUGGAUCGAUUAAAGUUCUUGAUCGCUCACUCGGCACUCUGACGAAACCUCAUCCCUUUCACUUGGAAUCUCAGAUGUGGCCACUUGUGACAAAGCUUAAGAAGAGUCCUCGCUCAUUCGUAAUUUUUCUUUUACACCAAAUCGACUUUGAAACGAAAUACUGGAAACGUGUUGAUGAAAUUCUUCAAAAGAUUUCGAAAAAUUGUCAAGAAAUCAGAGCUUUUGAGGAGUUCAAGUUGGCUGGUGCUAGUUCUGGGGACAUCGAUGUGCUUAGUCGAUAUUUUGACCGGAUCGAGUGCGAGAAGCUGCAUUUGAAGAACUUCUCUAACGACUCGGAAAUCGAAUAUUUUCAUGGAAUCUCAGAGCGAAUUUCUGGGAAAGAGACAAUCAGAGAACACAUUCAA